AGACAUUGUACAGGAACUUAUAAGAAGCUGAGGUAGUUUGGCACAAGGAGGUAUCACCUGUCUAUGUGGAAGGUUGGGGGGUCUUACUAUUUAGAAACACUUUAGGAGUAAUACUUUCCUAUUCCCAGGAUUGUUACUUCAAGAUACAACCAAUCACGUGGUUUCACACAGCAGCACGUGACUAGUCCCUAUCCUGCAGCGCUCAGUACAGGAUGCGGAUGUUUCUGCUACUGUCGCCGCCAAGCGAGCCGCCUGGUAGUGUCGUGACGAGUCCACACUGUAUGGCAUAACAGGAGGAGACACGUGUGCUGGCGAUCACCGGGAGAAUCAUGGCUCUGUACCAAACCGCGGCCGGGAUCCUCGAUAAACUGCAGCGGAAGGAGGGGGCUGUGAAGACCCUCGUAUAUGACAGUGGCUAUAAGAAUGUGCGCCAGUUGUAUGCUCUGCUCUGCGAGACGCUGCGCUACUCCUCUGUGAUCCAAGAUAUCAUCAACAAUGCAGAACUGCUUCGUGGACCAAAGAAACUGCCUAUGAACUUGGCCAAAGUGUUGGUCUACGACUUGCUUUUUGGAAAAGGACUUCAAUGUGGUGGUCGAUGGAAGGUAAGCAUCCUAUCACAACGAGCAAGACUACACGCAGAGCUUGCAAAACUAAAAGUCAAGAAGAAGGUCAGCAGCAACCAGGACUUGUUGACAUCAAUGGGUGGCUCAACUGUAGACCCUGCUUUGCCACGCUAUGUACGUGUCAACACGCUGAAGACUUCCAUGGAUGAUGUCAUAACUUACUUCAAGCGUCAAGGCUAUACCUACCUAGGCAAAGCCCGCAGAAUUGAGGAGCUGGUUGAUUUCGGACAGAAAUCUGGUAAGAAGUUUCUUCAAGAUCUUCACAUUCCCAACCUCCUGGUUUUUUCACCUAAAACAGACUUUCAUAAGGACUCCUUAUACACAGCUGGACAUCUUAUAUUGCAGGAUAAGGCAAGUUGUCUCCCCGCACUACUCCUGGACCCUCCUAUGGGUGCCCAUGUAAUGGAUGCUUGUGCUGCCCCUGGAAACAAAACAAGUCAACUGGCUGCCAUAAUACAGAAUAAGGGAAAAGUUUUUGCCUUUGACCUUGACACAAAACGCUUGGCAACUAUGAGUACGCUGCUGCUGCGUGCUGGAGUCACGUGUCAAGAACUGGCCAACCAGGACUUUCUUACAGUCAAUCCGUGCGAAGCAAAAUAUCAGAAAGUCAGUCACAUAUUGGUGGAUCCAUCAUGUAGCGGAUCUGGCAUGCCAGAUCGGAUGAGGGUCCUCACAGAUGAGGCAGGGUCUGAAAAGGAAGAGAGGCUGCAGGCGCUGUCAGCUUUCCAGAGACGGGCUCUCUCCCAUGCUCUCACGUUCCCUUAUGUGCAGUAUGUUGUGUACUCUACCUGCUCCAUACACCAGCAGGAAAAUGAGGAUGUGGUGAAGGAUAUUCUGGAGCAACACCCAGACUUCAGGUUGGUGAAUGUUCUUCCCUCCUGGCCAUUGCGCGGGCUGAACACGUUCCCUGGGUCAGAGUGUUGUCUGCGGGCUUCUUUGUCACAAACUCUGACAAAUGGAUUUUUUGUAGCGCUGUUUCAGCGCAAGAGCCCAGAGGAGAAGAGCACCUCUGAAGAACCAAAGCAACACACUCUGCAAGUAAAUGCUGAGGAUAAGAAGUCUGAAGCUUCUCAGGGCCAGUCUAAAAGGAAGUCAGAAGGCAUCAGUCAAGACUCCUUGACCCGUACAAAGAAAAAGCAUAAGAAGAAGAAACAUAAAACAGUCCAGUCAUGAUUUAUUUAAUCUCAUGCUGUCUGUCUUGUAAAUGGAUUUGUACUAACUUAAAGUUUACCUGUCAUUCAAAAGAUUAAAAAUAAAUAAAUGAAUGAAUUAAG